AUGCUGCUUCUCAUGAUCACUGUGUUGCUUUCGGUCGCGUGUAGCAACGCUGUUGUGAUCGUUAGUGACCCAAGCGACUAUGUCGAUCUAUCGUUGGAUACUAUCGAUAAUUCACUUCUCACGGACUGGAACAUAACAGCCACUUUGUACCAGAUCAUCGCUGUCAACGGACCAUACUAUUUCAGCGAAGCGAAUCGAAAGAUCGAGCACCGGACCUUUGCUGCGACAGAUAAUGAUACCAGUGUUGUCGUUGUAACUGACAAUUCAAUUAUGAAUAUAUCCCACUCGCUUAUUUUGAAACAUGGAUAUGCGUCUAAUAUAUAUCAAUCGAGCUUUUACGGUGUGAAUGCAGCUGUCAAUGUUGCUAAUGGGUCCUUCGCGACUUUCAACAAUAUCAAUAUUACCACCCAUAAUGGUUCUGCAAAUUUAUAUGCAUACGGCAGUGGAACAUACGCUAUUGUUGAAGACUCUGAUUUGUAUAGCUCCGGUCCUAUUUCUCAUGGCCUUUAUGCGGGUGGUAACGGAACCGUGACUGGCCGCAACAUCCGACAUUAUUCAGGGGGCUACCGUUCCUCUGCAUUUUCUGGAGACACCCCAGCUGGGUAUGUCUAUAUAUACAGCUCGGUAGCCCAUACUGCAGGUAUUGGCAGUGCAAUAUUUUAUGCACUUGGCGAAAUUCAUGCUGAGAACGUUGUCGGUCAUGCUGAACAAGCACCGGCCCUUUUUAUGGACGGUGUACAAACUGCUGAAUUGCAGAAGGUUGACUUGACCGCCGGUUUACUUGCUGGUCUACUACUCUUCUCGUCCAGCGAGCGUGAGGCUGGUGCAUAUAUCAACUUGACAGGCUCGAAGCUUACGGUAUUGCCGGAAACUGCGCCAGGAUUGUGGUUUGGAAAUAUCAUUGCAACAGCGGAACUAGCCAACGUGGAAAUUGAAACCGCAUCAGGAAUUCUGGUCGUUGCAAACUACUCUCAAAUAACCCAAGACUUCAAUUAUUAUGCUGGAUAUCCUGAUAACAACGAUCUAUUGCCCGCUGAAGUAGAUAUAUACGUCUCUGAAUCUUAUCUAGAUGGAGAUCUGGUUGCAUACAACGGAAGCAGCAUUUCCUGGACUCUAUCUCAAUAUUCUUCCUGGACUGGCAGUGUGAAAUUCGGAUACGGUGAUGCGAGCUUCGGAGUAUAUCUCGAUAAAACGAGCAAGUGGAUAUUGACCCAUGACGCCUUUCUCACGAAUUUUACGAACGAUGACACGGGAUUAUCAAAUAUCAUAAGCAAUGGGCAUAGCAUCUACUAUGACACCACCUCGACAACAAACACAUGGUUAAAAAACCAGACAAUCCAGCUUAACGGUGGUGGAAAGGUGACCCCUUCAACGUGA